AUGCUUCGACUUUCAAUAAUUGCUUUGGCGCUCUUGAUAGGAGCCGGCCAGGGCUACGUGCUGCUGCAAGUGCGUAAGGGCGACAACCAGUCCGACGUGGACGCGGUGAUUCACAAGGUGGUGCCGAACAGCAAUGGCGAGGAAUCCAGAAAGCGGCUUGCCAACGGACCGCGCUACGGGAACCGUCCGAAAGUGGACAAAUCUGGCUUGGAGAGCAUCGUUCUGGCCAUCAACACGGGGGCCUCCCCCAACCAGGUGGGGUCUGGGUCCACCUUGAUGAAGAAGGUCCAGGAGCUCUUGGUCGAUUUCCUGAAGGACGAGAGGGUCGACUCCUAUUUCAGGGCCAAUAGGGACUCCUACAAAGUCAAGCCAGAAAUAGUGCACUUCAGGAGCGGGAAGCCUUCCCUGAUGCUGGAGGUCAACUUCGAGUCUGUGAUGAGCUCCGUCAAGGACGCGCUGAGGUCACAGAAGGUCAGGAGCUAUACGGACGGGAUCGCCCAAAAGGCGGCCAUCGUCUACCGCACGCUGGUCGACGAGAUCAAGGGCACCGGCAAAGGCGGCAUAAAGGAAUACCUG